AUGUCUAAUAUUAAAAUAUCUACUUUAAGUCCAUCAAUUAGUCUAAAUAAUAAUAAUAACAAUAGUACUACUAAAAUUUCCUCAAUUGCAGUUCAAUUAAAAUUAAAUAAUGAUAUAAUUCAACAAAUUAAAGAAUUUAAUAAACAAACUGGUUUUACUACUGUCAGAUUAAUAGUUAAAGAUGGUAAAUAUUUCAUAAAAGUUUCAGAAGAAUUACAAUUUCCAUGUUUAAAAGUACCUGAAAAUUUAAAUGUUGAUAUUUAUUCAUUGAAUACUACUAAAUCAAAUAAAUCAAAUUUUAAUUAUAAUGGUAGAGUAUUAACCAAAUUAACGGUUAUAACGGAUUCAAAAAGAAUAAAUCAAUUAAAAAAUUCUAAAUCUCAAAUUUCAUCGCCAUAUUUAUCGUCGAGUCCCAAAUCAUUUUCAAGUCCUAAAUUUAAUUCAAAUAAUCCUUCAGUAAAUCCAAGUCCAAUAAUAACUCCAUUUUCUUCUCAAAAUUCAACACCAUCUUUUUCACCUGUAAAUCCACCAAAUAAUCAUAAAAAAGAAAAAUCAAUUACCCCAAUACCAUCAUUAAGUGAUACAUUAUCAAUAUAUUCACUGAAAUUUAAAACAAAUCCAUUUAAAAUAGAAGAAAAUGAAUUAGAAUCUCAAAUAUUGAAAAAAUUAUUAUAUUUAGUUGCAUUAGGUCCAAUAUCCUUAAAAAAUAUAAUUAUUUUAUUAGAAUACAAACAAAUUGAAGAUUGGCUACUGAAAUAUUGUCAAAUUUAUAACAAAAAUGAUUCAUUUAUUCAAAAUGAUAAAUUUCCGUAUAUUGAAACAAAUGAAGAUCAAGAUAAAUAUAUUUUAAAAGAUAAAUCAUAUAAAGAUAUAAUUCCUUUAAAUUGGGAAAAAUAUGAUGAUUAUGAAAGAAAUUCAAUUAUAAAAAAUAUCAACAAUGCAUUAACCAGACUAGGAUAUUCAAAGACUCAUCCUUUAAGAAAUAAGAUCACUCAAGUUCAAAAUUCAUCAGAUAUUUCUCAUAAUGAAGGUAAAGUCUCAAAACUUGGUGGAGGAUUCUUAAUAAGUAAAAAUAGUAAACUGAAAAAGAAAAUUGUCAGUGAUUCUGGAAGUGAACGAACUAGUCCUUCAGUAUCUAAUGUAUCUACACCCAUAAAUACUCCAUCGAGUACUCCUUUAAUGAAGCAUUCAUCACAAUUUAUAAGUCCAACGAAGCAAGAGGAAAGUAAGCUACCUAUUUCAUCAUCUGAAUUAUCGCAGAAUUCUACAAAAUUGAAUAGAUCAGCCACAAUUUCUCCGUCCAUUUCCGAAAAAUCAGCUUCAUCAUCAUCAUCAUCUAAAAAAUCAGUCAGUAGAUCUGACCAUAAUGAUAAUACCCAGGAAAAAAUAAGAAAAGAACCAUCGACGAUAAAUCAAUCACCUACAAAGAGUCAAAAACUUUCUUUACCAGCAAGAUCUAAUUCACCAUUAAAAAUUACAAAACCAGAGUUACCAAAACGUCUUGCAUCACCAAUGAAAACCAGUGAGUCUAAGGAUAAACUUACCAUUGCAAUAAAUAAAGAUGUCGCAGUAAAAAUAAAAUCACAAACAUUGGAGACUUCAAAACAUGAACCAAAUACUUCAUCAUCAACAGUAAUUCCAUCAUCUGCUUCCUCAGCACUUUCUGAGACUUUCAGUGAGAUUCAAGAAAAUUUAAAAAGAAGAAGAUUAUCAAACGUUUCAACUUCAUCAACCAAUUCAAAUAACUCGUCAAUAUUGCUGAACAUUUCCGAUGAAGAAUAUUCUAUUGGUCAUAAAAGAAGUAAAUCGAUAACUUAUACAUCUCCGCCAUCAUCAUGUGAAGACGAAAUGAUUAUGCCUGUUACAAUAUCUUUACCUAGGAAAUUUAAGUACAAAACUAGAAAUGAUAAUAUAAUUAAUGAGGAGUCAAAUUCAAAAAUAAAUGACGAGAUCAUUGAAUCUAAUGAAAUUAGUUCUCCGCCAACAACUAAUACAAAACCUAGUAAACAGAAAUUUUAUGUGCAUAAUACUUCCAGUAAUAUAAUUGAACCUACAUCAAAUACUAAUUCUGAAUCAAUUAUUGACAAUAAAAUUAAAAAAGGGAAAAAAGAUGAUGAUUCAACUAAACUCAAAAACACUUCAAAAAAUAUCCAAAAAUUACUGACUGAUACUGAUACCAAAAAAAUUACCAAGAAUGAUUCAACAGUACAAUCUCCAAAAUUCAUGUCAUUUAAAUCAUAUAUUAGUGGUAACAAUACUCCAUCAAAUUCAAGAAAAGGUUCAGUCUCACCUAUUAAAGAACUGUCUAAAAUAGUGUCUAACCCAGUUAAAACUAUUCCGAGCCAAUCAUCAUUACCAUCAUUAUCAGUUCGACCAGCUCAAAAUAAUUCAAAAGAAGCUUCAAGUCUAGAAUAUCAACUGAAAGAUCCAAAGAAAAUUCCUACAACAUCACCAAAACAAGAAUCGAUUUUUUCAAAAUCUAUAUCGAGCUCCAAACCCUUGGAAGAAUCCAACACAAUCAAACUUUCUGAAUUACCUAAAAACCCACAACAAGAUCGUUCGAAACAAAAUGAAACUCUUAAAUCAUCAAAUUCACUACCAGCUCGUCCAAGCAGAACUAUUUCAUCACCAAAACCAUCCACAACUACAUCUACAAUAUCUACAACUACCUCACCAAAAUCAUCAACUAAUACAUCAACUAAUACAUCACCAAAAUCAUCAACUAAUACAUCAACAAUUAAACGUCCAACUGGUCCAAAAGCCAGACCUACUGGUCCUUCAAGACCUUCAGAGGAUAUUAGAGAUAGAGCAAGAGAUAAAAGAGAUCGUAGAACCGAUCAUUAUAUUCCUCCUCCACCUCCUCCACCAUCAACAUCCAUUAAGCGUUCAAAUCAACAUUUCCAUAAUGAUAGAGAUCAAGACAAGUUUGAAGAUAAUUUUGAUGAUAAAUAUAAUGAAAGUAAGUAUAAUAAUGAUAGAUAUGAUAAUAGAAGAUUUAACAACAAAAGAAAUAAAUUAAUGAAUUACUAA